GGAAGAGUCAAGCCAGGCUGAGCAGGCUCUAGUAGGCGUUGACGUCUCAGAGACCUGCAGAAAUAGAAUGAAAGUGAAAGGGGGGAGAGGAGGCAGACCCUGGCCGAAGCCGCUCCUGCCUGCCACCUCAGUCACUCCAGGAAGUAUCAGGACAGCAGGAAAUGCCGGUGUACGCGAAAACUGUUUGGCUGCUGGGGAGAGAAGCAAUUGUUGGUCGCGCAUAGAGUGCAGAACCAUCACCUGAGAGAACAAGGGAAACAAGAUAUCAGAAAGAACUCAGCAGGACAUUUUUUACAGAAACUUUUCAACCCCCACAUUAGGAGAAAUAAUUUGCAUCAAGAAAUAGACAUCAUUUUGUAAACCAUUCUGCUUUGUGACCUAAAGUCUUCAAUUAGCUUUGUGGUAAAUGGCUCCACUCCCUACUGGAAUCCGGCUUAUCACUUCAUUCACAAGAGAUCAAUGGUACAGGGCCUUCAUUUUUAUCUUGACCUUUUUGCUGUAUGCAAGUUUUCAUUUAUCUAGGAAACCUAUCAGCAUAGUUAAGGGUGAGCUACAUAAGCACUGUGCUUCUCAUGGUAAGGUUAAACUCAACAUUGUUCAUGAAAAUGCCUUCCAUGAUCCUGCUGAGAUAAUAUCAGAUAAUGAAACUCAUUGCGGUUGGGCACCAUUUGAUAAAAAGAACUAUCAGCAAUUACUGGGAGCAUUGGAUUAUUCAUUUCUUUGUGCUUAUGCAAUUGGAAUGUAUUUAAGUGGCAUAAUAGGGGAACGCCUGCCAAUUAGAUAUUACCUAACAUUUGGAAUGUUUGCCAGUGGAGCCUUUACAGCCCUUUUUGGCUUGGGUUAUUUCUACAAUAUUCACAAUUUGGGUUUCUACGUCAUAACUCAGAUAGCAAAUGGAUUGGUGCAAACCACUGGCUGGCCCAGUGUGGUGACAUGCAUUGGCAACUGGUUUGGAAAAGGAAGGAGAGGCUUAAUUAUGGGCAUUUGGAAUUCUCACACCUCUGUGGGGAAUAUAUUAGGAUCUUUGAUUGCUGGUUAUUGGGUGUCUACCUGUUGGGGACUAUCUUUUGUAGUACCUGGUAUCAUCAUUGCUUCAAUGGGGACAGUGUGUUUUCUCUUUCUUAUUGAACAUCCUAAAGACAUAAAGUGUUCCUCCACACCAUUAAUUAGCUCCAAAGGCUAUGAGAAUGGUACUAACAGAUUCAGAGUGCAAAAACAAAUUCUGUACACCAAGGAAAGUAGCAAAAAUACGGAUCCAGAGAUUCAGAGUUUGUUAUCAGAUGGUGAAAAUGGUACAAUUCAGCCAAAGUUUGUCACAGUCCUACAUGGUGAUGGAGGAAAUGGGAUGGCAGCAAUCAGUUUCCUAGGUGCCUUGAGAAUACCUGGAGUCAUAGAGUUUUCUCUUUGUUUGUUAUUUGCCAAGCUGGUCAGCUAUACUUUUCUGUUUUGGCUGCCACUCUAUAUCACAAAUGUAGAUCAUUUUGAUGCCAAAAAAGCUGGGGAUCUCUCCACUUUGUUUGAUGUUGGAGGAAUCAUUGGUGGAAUCUUGGCAGGUGUGAUAUCUGAUAAACUAGGAAAGCGGGCUUCGACCUGUGGAUUAAUGUUGCUGCUAGCAGCUCCAACGCUCUAUAUGUUCUCUAUGGUCAGUAAAAUGGGCCUAGAAGCCACAAUAGUUAUGCUUCUUAUCAGUGGAGCGCUUGUCAAUGGUCCUUAUGCAUUGAUCACAACUGCGGUCUCUGCUGACUUGGGUACCCAUAAAAGUUUGAAGGGGAACUCCAAAGCCCUCUCCACUGUGACAGCUAUCAUUGAUGGAACUGGUUCUGUAGGUGCUGCCUUAGGUCCUCUUUUAGCUGGGCUUAUCUCCCCCUCUGGCUGGAACAAUGUGUUUUACAUGUUGAUGAUAGCAGAUGCCACUGCCUUAUUGUUCUUACUACGCCUCAUCCAGAAGGAACUCUGCUGCACAGGAUCCAUGCCUGGAGAACAGCUUCAAUUUAAAGAACAUUAGCCAUUUCAGACACAUUCAGAGAAGAAUCUAUACUCAUAAUCCAAAAAUAAUCAUUCAAGACAGUACAAUGUGAACAGUUACAUGUUGAACAACUUGCUUUCCCUCCUCAUGCAUUUUGCACACAUACCUGAAAGAGAUACAAAAGCAAAUGUUACAUUCUUUAAAAACAAUUAAAAAAAAAACACAUACAGAAUCUCAGGAUCGUAGUUCUCAGAGAGGUAAGAGCUGCUGGAAACUUCAGACUGGCUACUUUUAGUUCAGGGCACAAGGGAAAGAUACCAAGUGUUCUGGCAGAUUGAUUUUCAUCCAGUUAUGGAAAUAUAACUUGAGAAAAGGAUAUAGAAUUGAUGUGGCACCAAAACGAAAAGUGAGUCAUUAUCAAGUUUCUUAGUGAUGGAAUAUAACAGUAAUUUGAACACUAUGCUGGAAAGAACUUCAACAACAAACAUCUGUUUAUUCUUUAACAAGAAACAAUAUUACUGGGGCAGCUAGAUGGCUCAGUGGUUAAGCACCAGUCCUGGAUUCAGGAGUACCUGAGUUCAAAUCCGGCCUCAGACACUUGACACUUACUAGCUGUGUGAACCUGGGCAAGUCACUUAACCCCCAUUGCCUGCAAAAAACAAAACAAAAAAACAAAACAAUAUUACUUCCCAAAAUGCUAGUAUGUUAUGUUAAAUGUAGCCACAAACUGGCAGAGGUCAUAGAUAUAAAACAAAUGAUUUAAUUCACACUUGAAAAAAUAUAUAUUUCCUCAAGCUUCAAUCAAAACUGAACUUGAAGCAUAUUAAUCCCAAUAAAGUAUUUUUCCAAGUUUUCUCUAUAUAUUGUCCUACAUCAAAUUUAUGUGAUAAAUUAGAAUAGAAGCCUGAACCAGUUAGCUGGGAUAAAAUCAAAAUGGCUAACUGAAUCAUAUCAGAGAAUACUAGUCAAACAAAACUGAUGUUUCUGAAAGGUUAACAUUUGUUAGAAAUAUUCCGGAAUGUUGUUGAAGGUCCUGUAAAUGUCUACACAUCAGUUAAAGCUGCUACUCAGUACUUAGAGCCAAAUUAUACAUGAGAAUGAGCAAAAUGAAAAAGGAAAAUCCAUAGGUUUGCUAUUUAGGAAGGUCAUUUUGUUCACAUACAUAGUAUAGUUACAGUCUCUUUAUAAUUACAUUGACCAUUUUUCCUUUUCAUCCGAAUAAAAUAGUAGAGAUUGUUUUUAGAUGUACAGCCACAAAAUAGAUUUUUUUAAAUGUGCAUUGUGUUAUAUUCAAGUUAAAUAAAAUGAAAUGGCGUUAUGUUAUUUAUUAAAACAAACAGAAAUUUGUUUUCUGAGUUUUUAUUAAUGCUUGGUUGGUUUUGCAAAAUAUCCA